AAUAUAGUAUGAAUUGAUCAUGAUGAUGACGACGACGACGACGACGACGAAACGAGAGGAAAGUUGUAAAAAAAUGAAGAGAAGUUUGACUAGAAGCGGAGAAGUUGAAUUUGGUUCGUCUUCCUUCGUCGUUCUUUGAUCAAAUCUACUUUUCCUUUCUCUCUAAGCCCAGAAAAAACCACUGUUGUAACCCAGAAAAUUUUUGAGAUUGCGGAUUUAAAGAGAGAGAGAUUUUUUCAUUCAAUCAAUUGUUAAUUGGCAUUCUGGGAAGUCGGAGAGUUUGGUUAAUUUCGGGGUUUUGGUAUUCUCCGAUGGACAGUUUGAGUGACAUCGAUGGUGAUUCCGAGGGAAGAAAUGAAGGAGGAUCCUCCACGUCGGAUUAUCGAUUGCUGGGUCGGCAAGUUACGGUUCAUCAGUUCAUGGGCGGUGGCAAAGCUGCUGACUUGCUCUUAUGGAGGAGAAGAAACCAUUCCUUAGGGGUUAUCGUUUUAUCAACCGCAGCUUGGCUUACUUUCGAGCUUUCCGGAUUGCCUUUCUUAUCUGUUUCUUCGGAUGUUUUACUUAUUGGGAUCGUUAUAUCAUUCCUCCACGCCCAGGUUUCUGCUUUUAGGAAUAGACAGGCGGAUUCGUUGCCAGAGCUUGUUCUAUCCGAGGAAAUGGUUAAUAGUGCUGCUGCUUCCUUCCGUGUAAAACUCAACCACUUGCUUGUGAUGGCUCAUGAUGUCACAGUUGGCAACGAUUUUCGGCUCUUCUUCAAGGUGGUGAUUUGUCUGUGGCUUCUCUCUGCCAUCGGUAGCUAUAUUUCCUUCUGCACUCUUGUUUAUAUCGGGACCAUCCUAUCUGUAACAGUACCGGCUUUGUACAGCAAAUAUCAAAGCAAAGUAGACAAGUGUUGCGGGUUGAUUCACAGGCAAUUGUCUCAUCAAUACAAGUUAGUUGACGAAAAUGUUAUAAGCAAACUCUCGUGGAGCUUAUCCAAGGAUAAAGAUUCCUGAGCUUUUUAACUUUGGUGAUUUUGAAAAUGCUUUUACUUGUCUUCCUUCAUAGUUUUCACUAGUUUGGGUUUCUUCUAAUUUACCAUUGUGGGGUAUUAUUAUGUAACUAAAAGACGGUAUCAAGGAUGAAUAUAUAAAGAUGGUUCCACUGUUCAACUAAA